CUGAGACCACGCCUUUCAAUAAAAAUGGCCUCCAAAAGAGAGAAGAGGCAGAGAAAAGUCGCGUUUGCAGAAGAGGUAGACAUUCCGGACAAGAAGAGCAAAGAAACGGAUUUUACUCAUCAAACAGAAGAGAGAAAGUCCCGUUUCAAAGCUAAACACAGUCUUGAUAGUGAUGAAGAAGACGACAUUGAUACUAUACAGCAAAGUGGGCUUGACGACGAGGACCUUGGGGCCCAAGAAGAAACCACAAUUGCAAACGACGGGGACAUUAAAUUGACGCCAUUUAAUCUAGAGGAAGAGAUGGAAGAUGGGUAUUUUGAUGCCCAUGGUAACUAUUAUGAAAAGGCUGAUCCUAAUGCUAUACAGGACACUUGGUUGGAGGGAGUCGACUGGGCCAAAAUUGAGGAGCAGAGACAGUGGAAAGAAGGUGCAAUGGCUGCCAGUGAUAAAGAUGAAGAAGGAGAUGCUGAGGAGGUUGUCGACAAAGUAGCAAUUUAUCAGCAAAUUUUGAACAUACUCAAGCCUGGAGAGACUGUAGUGAAGGCUCUUGCAAGAUUAGGUAGUAGCAGGAGCAUGUCUGCCAGUGAGAGACUCAAGCAAAAAAAGAAAAAGAAAUCUACAGGAGAGACUACAGAAACUGAUAAAAGUUCAGCUGAUAAAGAGGAGGAGAGAAAGAAUGUAGACGCAUUGACUGGUUGUGCCGAUCAACUAGUUGCCAUUGGAGACUACAGUGUCUAUGAGGACACUUAUGAAAAAAUUAAAUACAAACUGCACAAAGAAGAGGAAGCUAGAAAACCUGUCGACAUGUUUUCCGAUGAUGUCCCGAGCACUUCAAAGGGAGAAACAUCCAGUGGGCCUCCUCCAUUGUCGGACGAGGUGAUGUGGGAAUAUCGUUUGAAGAACGAAGAAGAUGAAGAGAUACACGGUCCGUUUUCAAGCACCCAAAUGAAAGAAUGGACAGAAAACGAUCAUUUCCCAGAGGGAGUUUGGGUACGUAAAGCUAAUUCGGCCAAUGCACAGUUCUAUAGUUCAAAGAGGAUCGAUUUUGAUCUGUACUCGUAGUAAAUAAUAGUACGAUAAUACUAUAACCACAAUGCACUGACAUUUUGCAGUACAACUUCGCAUGAAAUUUUGUAGUGUAAUACACUAUUAACAGCAAAAGAGAGAGAGAGAGUGAGCAAUAUUUUUUAAUUUAUUGUCAUUUAUAAAUGUGAAAAAAAAUUUUCAAAGUCACUAAGAGAAAAGAUUCCAAAAUAAAA